CGUCAACCACCACCAGUCCUCCUCCACCACCACUUCCUCGGGGGCGCGUGUUUUCGCCUUUCUCCGUCCAUACACAAACAGCUAACGCGAUACUAUACAUACAACCCCUCUCCCCCCCUCUCUCUCUGUAUAUAUAUCAAUCCCUCCAUUCUUCUUCACGGAGAGCUCACAUACAUUUACGAUUAUAGAUACAUACGUGACAGGAAUUCAGUUUAACUGGAUCAAAUCGAAGAUUCUAACGCACAGUCGCCAGUAAUCGGGGUUCCAGGCAUCGUUUCUUCGCUCCGGACAUCGAAGCUCGUCGGCGAAUUGAAAUUUGAAAGAUCUCCUGGUAAAUUUGGAUGACUUUCUGCUGCUAUUUUGAAUUUGAAGCCGUGCGAUUUUGGUGAAAUUUCCGGGUUUAGCUUUGUGGACCUUGAAGUGUAGAUCAAGACCAGAUGAUGAGCGGAAAUGGAACACAGAAGCUAACAACAAGUGAUGCCCUUGUGUAUCUCAAGAAUGUGAAGGAUAUCUUUCAUGGAAAAAGAGACAAAUAUGAUGAGUUUCUUGAAGUCAUGAAAGAUUUCAAAGCACAAAGAAUUGACACAUCUGGCGUCAUAGUAAGAGUGAAGGACCUUUUUAAAGGGCAUCAAAACCUAAUUUUGGGUUUUAAUACAUUUUUGCCAAAGGGAUAUGAGAUCACCCUGCAGUCCGAGGAUGAACCAAAACCACCUCCAGUGAAAAAGGCAGUUGAAUUUGAAGAGGCAUUCAGUUUUGUAAACAAGAUAAAGGCUAGGUUUCAAGGGGAUGAUUAUGUGUAUAAAUGUUUCCUUGACGUUCUGAAUAUGUAUAGAAAGGAAAACAAAUCAAUCUCUGAGGUUUUACAAGAGGUUUCUUUGCUCUUUCAUGACCACCCUGAUUUGCUUGGGGAGUUCACAAAUUUUUUACCAAAUGCAUCGUCCAGAGCUUUGGUUGAUAGAACUCAUAUCUUACAUAAUGAUGAGAAAGUACCUCCUGUGAUCAUGGGAAGUACCACUGAAAAGAAGGCCACUGGUUUGCAUGCAGAAAAUGGCAACCAUCAGAAUUGGCCUUCUCCAGAACAGUGCAAACAGGAAAAAAGAGAAAGGGAUUUUGACGAAAAGGAUUUUGACAAGACAUCUGUAUAUAGAGAAGAUGCCAUUGCAAGUCAUUUUAACCACGGUGUGCUCGAUCAACAUCUAACGUUGUUUGAAAAAAUUAAGGAAAAACUGCAGAAUUCUGAUUAUUACCAACAACUUUUGAGGUGUCUUCACACAUAUUCGGUAGAAACAAUCACAAAAUUACAGUUGCAAUCCCUGGUAUUAUCUUUAUUGCCUUUCAUUGUUUUGGUGGAUACACAAUCAUGAUAUCUCAUUUUAUCAUUCAAGUUCUGUUGAAGCCUUAGCUAUGUCAUUUGCCUUGAAGUAGUGGAAUGUACUUGUGGAUCAUGCAUAGACCAUCUGAAAAUAACUUGAGCGUUUGGUGAUUAAUAGUAGUAUUUUCUAACUUAGACAGUUCAAUGUAAUUUCAUUUUGGCAAAUAAUAAAAAUGAUGAGUGCAUGCCAUUCAAGUAACCCUUUGAAAACUUGAUGUUUGUUUCACACACACACAUUAGGGAAAAGUGAAUUGUGUUGUUGAUAUUAAAUUUAAAAAGUAUAA